AUGUCAUCUCAACUUUUAUAUGGAACCGUGUUCAAUAACCAAGCGAAUCGUUUACAUAUUCCAAUUCAACAUGCAAAAGCUACGGCACGAUCCUUGCUGAAUCUUUAUACACAAGCCGUUAAUGCCAACAUUGCUGCUACUGAUUUAUUUGAUUGUCUUACUGGUUCACCUCUUCGAAUGCCCCAUGAAAUUGCUGAUACAAUUGUCGAUAUUUGCCGAUCGGCACCGUACUUGAAAACACAAUUUAUCUCACAAUCUGGCCUCUGUAUAUCAUAUCCUGAUCUCAACGAUAACAAGAAACGACAGCGCACAUUUGCGCUGAUGCAAUCAUCAUUGAUCAUUGAAGCUACAACUCGUCUCAUUGCCUUCUUCUCGAAUCGUCAGCUUUAUCUACCAUCAAUCACAAAACUAAUUGAAGAUUUCAUUGUCUGUCUUCCUGUCAUCAAAGACAGCAAUCAUAAUCGAUCAUCGACCAAUAUAUCUGAUUUGGUCGAAGAAAUGCUCAAUCAAACUCGAAUUGAACUUGAUAUCGAAACUAUUAAUCGGAAUUCGUUUAUGGAAUCUGAACCACUUGAUAAUCCAUCAAACGCACAAACACUUACCAGAAAAAUAAUUGUUAAUAAAAAGGAUUUAUCAAAUGGACAUCGUCUCGACCAAAAAAGCUAUUUGACAAUUCGAAAGAAUUCCUCGUAA